UCACUGCUUGUACACCGUACGUACAGGUAUUUCAUACGAUACGACCGUGGAACUGUUGACAGCUCGUUGAUUGCGCAAUUCAAAAUGGAUCCUGCCUGUGAAGCUGAAAUGAAUGAAAGCUCCAACACACCGUUUUCAGAUGAAAGUACAUUCCUGACUGAACUAGAAGUACUGCGGGAAAUAUGUGAAGAAGACAUUGAUGUCAGUGACAAACCUGAUUCUGCAGAAGUGUGUAUUACCCUUCACCCAGCUACAGCUGGUAACAAGGAUGCUCAGUAUGUGUGUCUUACUCUCAUCAUUAUAGUGACAUCGGAGUACCCUGAUGUCCCUGCAAGUUUCCAAUUCAGAAACCCUAGGGGAUUGUCAGAAGAUGAACUUGAAAGGAUAUCCAAAGACUUGAAGAAGCUUGCUGAAGAGAAAAUAGGAUGUGAGAUGAUGUAUGAUCUUAUACAGGCUGCCAAAGACUCCCUUACAGAAAACAACUCACCUAGCUUGCCUUGUACCAUUUGCCAGUGCCUAUUUGAGGAGAGUGCUGUCUUUACCAAGACAUCUUGCUACCACUACUUUCACAGCUUCUGUCUUGCUCAGUACCUUAAAUACACAGAGAAAGAUGAGGAAGAAGAUCCCAAAUGUCCUGUAUGCCGUGAAGCCCUUGAAGUCACACUCCUGGAGAAGCUGCAGGAUGCCCCUGAACCAAGCUAUGAUGAUUGUCCUGAUAUUGUGAUGACCCCAGAUUUGCGCCGAAGGCAAGCUAAGAUGAAAGCAGAGUUUGAACGCCAGAAAGCAAAGGGAGGCCAUAUUGAUAUAGAAGCAGAGAGCAAUAAACAUCUCAUUAGCAUCAGUCAUGUUCCUAACUUGUCUGUAGAGGACAUGGUAACACAGCGACUGAAGGAUGCAAAACUCGCUGCAACCGAUGCAAAGAUACCUCAAGACCAGUCCAAGCCAGCUGCAGAACACACUCAGAGGAAGCACAGCGAAGGAGCUCCUGUCUUUGUUCAUAACAAACAUCGCGAUCGACAUGGAGGACGAGACGAUGGCCGCCAUCGGGGAUCAAGAGGUCAUGGAGAGGGAAGAGGUCAUCAAAGGUCACAUCCAAAGCAUUCUGGUCGGAGAGAUGAGAGGCCAAGUUCAAGUAGAGGUCAUCAGAGGUCGGAUCAUCAAAGAUGGACCGGUGAUAGAGAUAGACAGGUGGAAAGGAGAGGGAGUGAUGGACAGAGAGGAGGGGAAAGGAGAGAGGAGAGUCGGACAGCCAAAGACAAAGAGUUGGGUGAAUUGAAAGUGGACAUAUUAGAUGAUGAAAAAGAUGUAAAACAUGAGAAAGAAAAGAUUAGUAAUCAAGUAAAUUGUGCAUGUACGGAAAGAAAAGGGAGUGGGCUUGCAUUAUCAGCUACUGACACCAAAGGCAUUGAAACCAAAGAUAUGAAGAAAGAUGAUGGUGACUGUGUCGUUGAGAAAGAUAGGGUCAAGAGGGAUGAGGACGGAGAAGAGAAGAAGCUGAAUGAUGGGAAGAUCAACCACGAGAGUCCAGGGAGAAGGACUCAGGAGAGAAAAGACAAUGGUGGUAGAGACAUGAAAGGAAUAAGGAAAAAGGAACAUAGAGAUACAUUUACAUUUCAUCAUAGAAACGAUGGAAGUAGACAUGAUCAUGGUCAAAAUCAUAGGAGACCUGCCAGGUCUGAUCAUUCAGAUGUAGGCUCACAAAAAGAUGAUUCUCAAGAAAAACAUGACAGUAUGGAUCAAAAGUUUCGAAAUAAUGAGAGAAGAGGAGGGCCAGGUGGACAGCAAAUAGGCAAGGGAGGUUCUAGGGAAGGGACAGGGAGGGGCGGUUCUAGGGGAGGGACAGGGACGGGCGAUUCUAGGGGAGGGAUAGGGACGGGCGGUUCUAGAGGAGGGAUGAGGAGGGGUGGUAGUAGAGGAGGGACGGGUAGAGGUGGUAGUAGAGGAGGGACGGGUAGAGGUGGGAUUAGAGGUGAUAGUAAACAGGAGAGAACGGGUGAAACCAGUUUUAAGGCAGGAAAUUCAAACGAAAAGGCAGCGGUACGCAGUGUCAAGCCACCACCUGGAUUUAACCAAAAGCCUGUGGUAAGUGACCAGAAGUGCAAACCCCCUCCUGGGUUAGAUUUCAGAUAAUGAUGGCUAGUAGUAUAUUGUUUUAA